UUGAGACAGAUUGAGACUCACUGCGAGACAUUGAGACUUGAUUGCUCACUGCAUUGUAAGAAGUAUACAUAGAAUAUUAACUCUGUGAUACAGAUUACAACUUUGACUGUUGUGCAAAAGAAAUGCAAAAGAAAUGUUGCAGUCCUGUACAAUGAAGAAGAUAUUAAAUUUUACUAAGAAGAGGAAAACCCCAUCCGGUACUCCUGACAACGGGAGUGUGCUUUCUGCUGGCUAUGAACUGAAAGAAAAGGACCUCGGGAAAGUUCACAAGGCUGCCUCAGUUGGUGAUUUGGCAAAGUUGAAGCAGCUUGCUAAAAAGAAUGAUAUCAAUCAGCUUGACAAGGAGAACAGGACUGCACUUCAUAUCACCUGCGCCAGUGGACAUGGUGAGGUGGUACAAUUCCUCGUUGAGAGCAAAGCCAAGCUUAACCUAUGUGACAAUCAAAAUAGAUCUGCCUUAAUGAAGGCCGUGCAGGGCCAGCAUGAACGCUGUGUAAACAUACUGCUGGAGAAUCAUGCCGAUCCUAACCUGGUCGACAUCAAUGGCAAUACGGCCUUACAUCUAGCAGCGAACAUCCCAUCCAUUUCCACUACUGUCCUGCUGCUGGAGCAUAAGGCUAACAUCAAUGCACAAAAUAAGGAGGGAUUCACACCAUUGACGGUGGCAGUCCGUGAGGACCACAUUGAUAUGGCGGACUUACUUAUCAAGGAGGGUGCUGAUGUUAAUUUUAAGGACCAAGGCCAAAGGUCCCCAUUAAUGAUAGCUGCUGGCAAUGGACAAAUUUCUAUGUUGAGGCUGCUUUUGCAGUUUAACGCAGAUAUCACACUAAAGGAUACCAAAGGAUGGUCAGCUGAUGACUACGCAGUGAUGAAUGGGCAUCAUCCUUGUUCCCUCCUGAUCAUUGAGCACAGUACCCAGAGGAAUGAUGGGCCCUCCGUUCUUUCCUUCCUUUCCAAAGCACCCCAGAUGACGUCUACCCCUCUUCCAAGCUACAGAAAGAAAGAAGAUUCCACUGGGGAUGAAGAUGAUAAUGACCAAGAAGAGGAGAAAGAUGAUGACGACGACGAUGAUGAGGAGGAAGAAGAUGCCUCAGAUGAACAUGAUCAGCCUGAACGGAGUGCAGAAUCCCUUGAUGCCACUUCCCCGUUUCCUGAGACAGAAGUCUCUAAAGAUAAGAAAAGAGAUUUAAUGUCCGAGUUGGGUCUGGAGAAGGGAGAGGAAGAACAGGACUCCUGGGACUCUGAGUCCCAGUCUGAAAGUCUGAAUACGCCCCAUGAAGAGAAACAAAGCUUGUGUACUCAGGGUCAAACAGAGAUAUCCACUGUUGAAGAAGAGCUUAAAGAAAUUGGAGAUGACAAUAAUGGUGAUAAGGGAGGCGAACAUGUUGAUGAAGAUGAUACUAUACAGAAAGAGACUUACAAGGCAAAAUGGGAACCACUUCGUGUUUUGAGCAACCUUGAAGGAGAUAAUGAAGGAAAGACAGACUUAAUGGAAGAGCUUGGUAUUGGGGAUGUUGACGAUCUUGAAGAUGCAUCAGAUUGGGACUCGGCCAGUACGACCAGUAAGAGAACCUUACCUGGCCACAGAAUGCUCUCCCCUGGACUCGAGGAGUUCCCAGAAUGCUCCUAUCCAUCUGUUAAAGAGCAGGAUGAGGACAUAGUUCCCGUAGCACCCCUGACACCUCAGAGGAGCAUUAACUACAACAAGACACCGCCCAGCACACCCCCUCAACCAGCGCCCCAACCCACACCUCGAGCAAGGAAGAUGGUGCUUCAGACACCAGAGAGUGAAGAAGAAUCAGAUUGGGAACCAGACAAUGUUGCACCCUCUUGCAAUGCAAGUGCAAUUGACAAUCAGCUGCAAAACACAGAUGGGCAUCAGGCUGUGGGUAAACCAGGUUCUCCUGAGCUCUCACCGACGGCAAGAGACAGUGAAAGUGGUGAAGAGUCUGACGAGCAGCAACAAAAGCCUGAUAAAGAGACGACAAAGACUGCAAUGGAGGUGCAAAGGUCCAGUACUUCCUGGGAUACUGGUGGAUCGGCUUUGGAAGAAGUGGGUACUGAGAAACCUGAGACCAGGUUAGGAUCCCUGUCAAGUCAAGCUGGAGCAAUUCAUCAGGAACAGCAGCUUGCAGCCACCAAGAGCACCAACGGGGCACCAGUACAAUUGCACCUCCCACUUCAGCAGACCUACAAUAGCAUCAAACAGGAAGGACAAGCUGUAGAUGAGACCUCACGACUGGAGCUGGUCAGGGGGGCCCGGCGCAGCAGAGCCCCUCAGACCGACACUCAUGUCAAUGGAGAUCCUCUGUCUGUGUUUGAUGAUAGCACUUUAAGUGACGUGUCGGAUGAUGAAGGAAGGUUUCCAACCAGUGGACAACAGAAAAACGAGAAUCCAGAGGAAAUGGAGAAUGCAGAAGACUUUGAUGAACUCACUCAGUCAUCUGACACAGCCACAGAUGACAUCGACUCUCCCACUUCAGGCUACCGCCAUGCCUCGCUCCUCAUUCAAAAGCUGGACUCAGCCACUUUAGACUCGAGAACCAUGGUGAAGCUGCAGAACAAUUUCCACGAAUACGAGCGUUCCAUCCAAAAGGCGAGAAGUCGCCACGGGUACCUGUCAGACAAGGUGACCCAGCUGGAAAUGGAAAGGGCAGAGCUUAAAAGCUCUUUGGAAGAAGUUAAAGAUUUUAAAUCUGCCUUGGAGCGCAACCAACUGGAACUGCAGACCGAGGUCACAAACCUCAAAUUUCAGCUGAAACAGGAGCAGGAAAAUCGUCGCAACGCCACCAUGAUGUACAACACAACCAGAGAUAAGCUGAGGAGGACGGAGGAGCAGCAUCAGUUAGAGGUUCAGGAGAGACAGAAAGUGGAGCUCCCCCUCAGGAAUCUGGAGCUUGAGAUGAGGACAUUAGUCAACAACAUUAAACAGCUUGAAGAGGAUCACAGUGAGACCCAGAGACUGCUGGCUCAAGAGCGCAGUGCUCGGACGCUGCAGGAAAAUCUUCUCAACAGCCAUCUCCGUAAGCAGCAAGAGAUCGAGGACGAGAACAAGAGAAACAUAAGCAAAAGCAAUGAGGUUUUGUCUCAACUCACUGAAGCCAGUGACCGGGAGAGGGAGCUGCUCCAACAGACUUCUACGCUCCAGGAGCAGUUGUCUAUCGUGAGAACAGAUCUUGAGCGUUUGCAGGCCAAUAGCAGUCUCAAAGAGAGCCACCUUUUGGAGGAGAACGACACCCUCAAGGAACAGCUAGAAAAUGCUCGUCGAGAUCUCAAACUCAACAGCGAAGCCCUGACCCAAACUGUCUUCAACUGCAAUAACCAGGUGACCGCCCUGAAGUCUGAGCUGGCUAUAACAACAACCCGUCUGGAAAAUGAGCGGCAGACUCGCGAAGCCCUGGAAUCAGAGGUCGAGUCCACUCGUACCCGCUUGGCUGGAGCCGUAAAGGAGGCAGAGCUUUGCCAGGCAGCUCACACAGACACAGAGAGAGCUCUGCUCCGGGAGAAAGAGGAACACCAGCGUCUUAAAGACAGACUCACAGGUGAUGCAGCCAGUCAGCGUGAGGCAAUCAGCAGCCUGUCCCAGAAGCUGGCCAAGGCGGAGACUCGAGCAAACAGCAUGGAGAACGAAGUUCAUCGGGCCACACUGCAGCUGACAGAGAAAGGCUUACUGCUGGAGGUCCAGCAGCGGGAGAAAGACCAGGUGGCUGUACGCAUCAAGGAGCUAGAAGCGGCUCUGCAGGCAGAGAGGGAACAGGCCAGCCAUGCCGGAGCACGGCAAGAGGCCACACAGGAGCGGCUAGCCCAAACCCAGAGUGAGGGCAUGUUAUUACCGCAACAGCUAGAGGAGGCCCAAAACAAAGGUGUAGCAAAGGAGCGUGCUGUGACGGAUGCCCAAGAGCGCUUCAGUGACAUUCUGUCCAAGCUGCGAUCUGACUGCGAAGAGAGAGUACAACUAGUGGAGGACUGGAAUAAGGAGCUCGCCAGUAAGGCUGCUGACCUCCGAGAUCAGAUCUACAAGUUGGAGGAAGACAAGAGCGAAAGAGAGACUAGUCUAUGGCAGCUGCAGCAGGAGCUAGCUGACUCGCUCAAGAAGCUGUCAAUGAGUGAAGCUUCCCUGGAGGUCAACACACGCUACCGCAAUGACCUGGAGGAGGAGAAGGCUCGACUCCACAAAGACUUGGACCGGCUUAAAGGAAAACUGGAGGAGAGCGAAGACCAGUAUGUGCAGGCUGAAAGACGUAUUAACAGUUUGAAGAGCAGUCUGGAUGAAAGGGAAAAGGAACUCGCCUCUGCUGCUCUGAAACACCAGGAGGCGCUGUCUGCCUCAGGAGCAUCUGAUCUCACCAUCAAACAGCUGGAGGAAGCUGUGCAAAGGCUUGAGAUUGAGAAUGCCAGGCUGGAAGCUGCCGCAAAGCAACAGUCCAACAAAAUUGAAGCGCUUCAGAAAGGGGCUCAGGAAUCUGCUAUGGUCAGAGGUAAUUUGGAGAACCUGCUUACAAACCUCCAAAGCAGUAAGAUGACUUUGGAAGACCAACUCAGUCGAGAGGUCCAGAAGCAGAGCAUGCUGUCUCACACAGCCCAGGACUCUCAGGCCUUGUGGGAGGAGGGGCUGAAGAGCCGUUCAAAGUUAGGACUGCGCCUGGCUGAGCUUGAAAAGGAAAAAGGAGACCUGGGCACCCAGAUGGAAAUAGAAAAGAAGAAAGCCAAGAAAAUAGCAGAGCAGAAGAAGGCUAUCGACACCCGGCUGGACCAAGAGAUGAAGAGGAACACAGAGCUCCAAAAAGAAAUGUACAGGCUGCGUACUUUAUUGAAGACUGCAAAGAAGAAAUUGCGGGAUCAGGACACGGCUGGAGCAGAAUUUGGCUCUCCUAUGAGUAGUCUGCGGAUGGACGUUGGCAAACGCAGUCAGGUCGACGCUUCCAUUGGACAGAUGAAAGAAAAGGUGGACGAUCUGCAGAUGAGGCUGGAGAAGGAAGGAUCCCGCUGCAGCCAGCUAGAGAAGGUGAACGGGGACUUUAAAGACCAGCUGGCCUCCCUUAAGGGCUUGAGCCGCAGUAGUGACCAACUGGAGAGGAGUAAGAGGCAGCUGGAGGAGGAGGUGCUGGACCUGAGACGGCGAAUGGAGGCCGCAGAGGACAGGGCCCGUCAGGAGAUACAACAGAAACUGGAGCAGGUCAACAUUUUCCUGCAGUCCCAGGCAGCAUCCCAAGAAGCAUUGGAUCAGAUUAAAGCGGCCAAUGAGGCCAACCUGCGAUCCCAGAUGGAGCAGAAGAUCCGGGAGCUGGAGGGGGAACUGGGCCGGGCCCGCGCCAACAGUCAUGACAGCCUUAACCAGAGAGACUCCACGCGCACGGAGCUAGAGCGGUAUCGACAACUCUACACAGAGGAGCUGCGCAUACGCAAGUCCCUGGCUGCAAAACUAGAGAGGGCCAACAGUCGGCUUGCAGAAGCCAAUUCCAAGUUACUCAACGAGCACAGCAGGUCCCUGAUCACCAGCAGCAUUGCGAACGGAAGCCUCGGAGGGCCCUCGCUGGACGUGGGCUCUUUGGGUUCACCGGCACACUACGGGGCCACACUGGGGCCCCUCAACAGGAGCCUAGGCCUGGGACUCUUCUUCCUCAGCCCUGUGACUGAGGGGCAGAACAGCAGGGUGGAGCACUACCUAGCCAAGAUGCAGAAUGAGUUGGAUAGAAACAUAAAAAAGGAGUUAAACAACGCCACAGCAGAGCUGGACGCUGCUUCAGCCUGUAUGUCACCGGUGGGCUCUGCCCACAUGACAUAGUCAGUGACGAUGUCAUGUAGGGUUUUCUCCUGGUUCGCGCAGGUUUUCCCGUAAAUAUAUACUUUACAGGCGACGUAAAUACUCUGAACUGCCCCUUAAGUAUAUAUUUAAAAAAAACGUUAAUGUCUAAAUAGUCUGUGACAAUGUCAUGAAGGGGUUUCUCCUGGUUUGCUCAGGUUUACCCGUAAAUGUAUACAUUAGAGGCAACGUAAAUACUCUUAACUGCCCUUAAGUAUAUAUUUCAAAAAAACGUUAGUGUAAAUAGUCUGUGACAAUGUCAUGUAGGGUUUUCUCCUGGUUCGCUCAGGUUUACCCGUAACUAUAUACAUUAGAGGCGACGUAAACACUCUGAACUGCCCUUAAGUAUAUAUUUCAAAAAAACGUUAGUGUAAAUAGUCUGUGACAAUGUCAUGUAGGGUUUUCUCCUGGUUCGCUCAGGUUUACCCGUAAAUAUAUACAUUAGAGGCGACGUAAACACUCUGAACUGCCCUUAAGUAUAUAUUUCAAAAAAACUUUGUUAAU